AUCACUUGUAUUCACAAUAGCUGUUGGCAUCAGCCGGCUUCAAUACAUAUACAUUUUGUGGAAAUUAUCGAGAAGAUUCAGAAAUUUUUGAGAAAUACUCAAAGGAUAUACGACUGAAUCUGCAACAUGGAGUCCGAAUUGGAUGUCAUUGACUCCCUGAAUGCGUUAUCGUAUCAAGGAAAGUGCCUGCAAAACGAUGAAUUGACACGAGCGCUGGAGGGUGGUACACGCAGCCCCGAGUUUCGCGAAGUUGUAGCAUGGCUGGCCCAGGAACUGCACAUAUUGCGAAAAACAGAUGAAUCAGUGAGUAAAGACUGUGAUGACCCCAGUGAAUUUGCCAUGGAGCUGUCGGCCAUGUUGAAAGAAUUGGGUUGUCCGUAUAGCUUUUUUGUUACGGGCCCUCUGUCGGAUCGUUUCGAGAGCCGCGAACAUAGAUUGCAAUUACUGGACUAUCUGAUAACAGAGCUAAUGACUACCAAGAUGUAUAUGAAACUUAAGCCGGCUGAGCAGGCCUAUGUCAUACCCAAGACCGAGACAAACACGGCAAAGGCGUUGGAACAGUUGACCAAAGAUUUGGGUUUGGGAAAACCACCAGAGAACAUUACGGCCAAGGCAUUUUUUGAUAAAUUGAAUUUCAAAUUGGAAGAAGUGAUGCGUACCAUGAAGCCCGGUGUUGUUAAUGAACCAUUGUUUAGAAACACCAAGUCGCUGAGUGAUAAACAGUGGGAACAACUGGAAGAUAUACACCGGGACUUGGAUGAGGAAUACAAUUUGAGAAGGCAAAUGUUGUUGACACGUUUGGAUGUGACCAUACAGAGUUUUAUGUGGUCGGAUAAAAUGAAAUCUCGUGAAAAGGAGAUCGAUGAAAAAUUCCAAAAGAAGCUGUUGGAAUUGGAGCGCUAUAAAUAUGGUGGCAUGGAGACUGAUAUUGUGGCAUUGUUGGCAGCUCGUGCCGAUUUGGCCAUUAUUGAAAAGACUAGCUCGGCAAAUGUGCGUAAAAAUACAGGAUCAAAAAUUCAUAAACAUGUUAUUGGUCGAGUGCCCGAUCGUGGUGGUAGAGCUCAUGAACAUGCCCCGCCACCACCUGAAAUGCCUUCAUGGCAGCAACAGCGUAGCUCUGGGCCUCAGGGAGGUGGAAACUUCCGUGGUGGUCGAGGAGGAGGUGGUGGCGGUGGACGUGGUGGCCAAGGUGGCGGUCGUGGAGGCCAAGGUGGCGGUGGUGGCGGCGGUCACUGGCAACAGUAUACGUCACAACCCCAAAGACAGGGCCAUCAACAAAAUCAACAACACAACCAGUAUCAAUCUCAACCCCAACAACAGCAGCAACAACAACAUUGGGUCCAAGGCAGUGGACGUGUUCAGGGUACGGGCUGGUCUCAGGGAGGCAAUGAUAAUUAUCGUGGUGGUGACCGGGGUGGCGAUAAUUAUAAUAGAGGAGGAGGAGGCGGAGGUGGUGAUAAUUAUAACAGAGGUGGUGAUAAUUACAACAGAGGCGGCGGCGGUGGUGGCCAUCGAGGCCAUUCCAACUAUAAUCGUGGAGGUAGACGUUAAAAGAAUUUAGCAUUUGAAAGAGAUUUGUAUUGAUCUAUUCAAUAUUGAAAUUUAUAUUUACGUGAUGUUUGCAACAGAUAACUAUUAUGAUGAUUACACUGAUACGAAAAUAAAUAAAUGCCAUUUAGAAAAUAAA